GAGAUAUAACGUAACGCCGUGUUUGUUUUAUUUAAUCUAUUUGCCAUAGCAACUUUUAAACCCUUUUCCAAAUUAUGUGCAGUGAUCAAUUUCGGCCAAAAAUUAAAUCAUUCGAUUUGUGAAAUUAUAUAAAAGCACACACACUUAAUGCAUAGACCUGCCAUUACGUAAAUUAAUUGUACUUGAAUACUUAAUAUACUUAUAAGCACCUUGAACAACAACAACAACAACAGUACCAGUUACAGCAAUGGAAUUAUCCGCAACGCUGGCCGAAAUGGCUGGCGUGCCCGUGGAGGCCUUUCGCUUACUGGUUACCCUGAUAGCUGGCUAUCCGAUUGCAGCGAUCUAUCGUAAGCUGAUUGUCGAUUUAGAGAACAAGGCGUUGCAUCACCUCUUUUUCGCCUUCUGUGGUCUCAGUCUAUGCUAUUUCAAUUAUGGCAAGGAUACAUAUCAUUCGCUCUUGGCCAUCAGCGUCACCUUCGUGCUGGUGCAUCUGCUGCGAGGUGCCCCACACGUAAUGCUGGGCGUCAACUUUGUCUUUCACAUGGGCUACCUGCUGCUGGGCUAUUACUUCACGGCCAGCAACGAGUACGAUAUCCUGUGGACCAUGCCACAUUGCAUAUUGACGUUGCGGAUGAUUGGUUUCGGCUUCGAUGUGGCCGACGGAUUGAAGCCGGUGUCUAACCUAUCGAAAGAGCAGAGUGAGACGGCAUUGAAGCAUCCGCCAUCGUUCCUCCAGCUACUGGCAUAUGCUUACUUUCCCAGCGGCUUCUUGGUCGGACCGCAGUUUCCCUAUCGACGAUACCAAAACUUCACGAAUGGUGAUUUUCGCCAAUACGAGGGCUGCGUGGACGCCGGCCUCAAGCGCCUGGGCAUGGGUGUGCUCUACCUAAUCGUUUGCCAACUGGGCUUGGCCUAUCUGCCGGAUAACUAUUUCCUGACGCCCGAGUUUGCGGAGCAGCACUUCAUCAAGCGCAUUUUCUUCUUGGGCUUCUGGGCGAAGUUCACGCUCUACAAAUACAUUUCGUGCUGGCUGUUCGCCGAGGGCGCUCUCAUGUGCAUUGGCUUCACGUACAAGGGCCGCGAUGCACAGGGCAAUCCGGAUUGGUCUGGCUGCACCAAUGUCAAGCUAAUGCUGCUCGAGACCGGAAACACCAUGGAACACUAUGUGCAGAGCUUCAAUGUGAACACCAAUCAGUGGGUCGCUCAAUACAUAUUCAAGCGUCUGAAGUUCCUCAACAAUCGGAACAUUAGCUACGCGGCUGCUUUGGGUUUCCUAGCCGUAUGGCACGGCUACCAUAGUGGCUAUUAUAUGGCAUUCCUUAUGGAGUACAUGAUUGUCAGCACCGAGAAGCAGAUCGAUCGCGUUUACACCAAGGAAGUUCUACCCAGAUAUGGCGAAACAUUGAACAAUUCAAUGAUAUAUAAAGCUCUUUAUUUCGUGUCCCUAAAGUCCUAUAACAUCGUCUACAUGGGCUGGUGUCUCACCUCAUUUGUUUUCCUCAAAUACGAGCGCUGGAUCACGGUCUUCAGGGCAGUCAACUAUUUCGGCUUCGUAUACAUGCUCAUCUGGGCUUGCCUGUUUCAUGGCUAUCGUCAUUUUAUUAGCAAACCGCCGCAGAAUCGAGAGCCCGCCGCAAAAGCAUCAACUGUAAAACAAGCCACAGAUUAGUGGAGCGGCAAACCCGUAUGCAAUGUCCAAUUCAGCAGAAUUUCUUUCGUUUAAAAUUGAUGUGAAGAUGUUACCAAAUAAUCAUAGUUUACUCUCACACACAUAUAUAUCUGCAUAUAUAUGUACGUGAGUGGUAAACGAUUGAAUGCGAUAAGGACUAAAGGACGUGGCGUAAAGUUGUAGCUGUUCUCAAUCGUUCAUUAUAGAAAGCAAUGUCUAGUCAGUGAAACAUAGUUGAGUUGCUCUAUGAACGGCGUCGAGACUUAUCCAACUAUAAAGACAAUUUUAUAUACAUAUAUUUUCAUAUGCUCACAAACUGUAUAAGAAUAGAAGCAGCUAUGCAAAAAGUGCAAAUUUAAAAAUCAUAUUUAAGCAAUUAUCAAUUGAAAACUCUUUAUAACAUUUCGAACCUUGUAAAUAUUGUAGAAUCAAGGCUUUUAAAUUAUAUGGUAGCUAGUUUGUAACACUCUGUUCAACAAAAUUGGUUCUAUCGAAAAAUUAAUAAACUUCUUGCUUGAGUCACCCAA